GGGGGAGGGGAGGGGUCUCAUCACGCGCAUGCGCAAACCGCGCGUCGCUGCCGCUAACAAAGGGACUCGCGUCUGGAGUUGGAGCUGCUCGCUUGGGUCAUAAACACGGCGGUAACCCCAGCCUAGUGCAUCAUCCCAGCCGUGGAGAUACACCCUAGCCUUGGGCCACAGGGGUAACCCCAGCCCUAGCACAGCACCAGCUUUGAGCCACAGCGGCAAACCGCAGCAUAGCGCUAAUACCGCUCUUCCACCAUAGCGCGGUUACCCUGCUAAACCUAGCCUAAGCGGUAAAACUGGUCGAGCAAAAAAACGAUGGCCUAAACCUAGUCUAACCUUAACCAUAGCGGUAACCUUGACCUCAAUCCCAUCCCUACUCGCUAUCGUGUGAAAAAGCUGCAUAGCUCAUCCCGUAUAAAUAUUUUGGUUCAAUAUAAGCCCAAUGCCACAACCAUUAGGCUAACCCAUCGCCCCCAGUUUCAGACUCCAUUCAGUUAUAAGCUCGAAUUCCACCACAAUAGCAAUCCUAAACCGAACAUUAGCCCUGAAGCCUUACCCGAACCCCUUUGACGUGGACUUCGGUGACCUUAAUCUGCGAGAACCCUGACCCCCGGCGCGGUGGCUGUGUUUGUACCACAGCUAAGACAUGGACGAGGAGCAGGAGGUUCUGUGUAAACUUGAGAGCAUCAAGGAGAUCAGGGGGAAGCUGGUACAGAUGGAGAGCGUCAAGGCGCGCCUGCGAGGCGAGUUCUCGGCACUGGAGGGAGAGGAGCGACGCCUGCGUGACUUUCGACAGGAGCUGGAGCUGCUCCUCCAGGAGAAAAUGGCACACGUGGAGGAACUCCGUCUAAUUCACGCCGACAUCAACCUGAUGGAGAGCACCAUCAAGCAGUCGGAAAGCGAGCUGUCGCGGCUACUAGACUCGACCCGGCGCCUCCACGAGGAAUAUAGGCCGCUCCGCGAGAGCAUGGAUGCCUUGAGAGCGGCGAUUGGGGCCGAGCGACUCCCGGACCUCCCGGACCAGGAUGACAAGCUGUCACUAGAGUACUUUGAGAAGCAGAAGGCCGACUGGCACACAGACCCUCCAGAGCCCCCCAUCCCUGAGUCCCUCGCAGCCGCUGCUGCUGCCGCCCAACAACUGCAGGCCUCGCGCAAACCCGAUGCUCGUGGGGGGGCCUCCUUCCGACAGCAGCCACCCCCCAUGAAGGCCUGCCUCUCGUGCCACCAGCAAAUCCACCGCAACGCGCCCAUCUGCCCACUCUGCAAAGCUAAGAGCCGCUCCCGCAACCCCAAGAAACCAAAACGCAAGCCUGAUGAGUAGGCCUUGAUUAUAAGGGCCUGGGAGUGGAUCCCAGGUCUCAAUGCUCAGGCCAUAAUACUUUGUGUUUAACACAGGGCCCACACUAAAACCUCGAGUGUUAGGCCAAGGCUUCUAAGUUCUAAGUCAUAGGACUAGGCCAUGUCCCAUAGAUAAUAGUACUAGGACAAUGCUUAUUAAACAUUUCUCAUACCAAGUUUCAUUGUAUAGAAUGCAGAUUCUAGUACCAUGCUGCACACUGCAGUGUCAGGAAAAAUGAUCUAAUACUAGAUCAUUGUCUCCAAAACUAGUUUGUCACCUAGUACUGGGCCAUGCUUGUAAUACUAGGCCUUGCCCAAAGUACUAGAUCAAGGCCUCUUAACACCUGUUUAAAACAGUGAGGGCUUGACCAAUGAGCCUUGAUUAAGGCCCCAGAUGAAGAGGCCUCACCAGUGGAGUUUUAGUUAUGGUUUCCAAAAUUACAAUUCAUCAUCUUCACUGAAAUAGAAUCAGUGUUAUUAGCAUUACGUUAAAUUUGAAUUCGCACAGGAAAUAUUAACAAGAUCCAUUUGCUUACAUUGGAAAGGCUUAUGACGUCGGAAAAGAAGCUGAAGUCAAUGUUUUGUAUAUAAAAACUGUUUCAAACUAAAACAGUUCGUGGUGUUGAAUGUGAAGUUAUUUGUUGUCAAGUGAAAUGGAUCUGUUUCAUAGUUUAGAUACUGUACAAUUUCAUAAAGUUCCAAGCAAGAUUACAUAGGGGUUGCAUGACCCAGCAGGCAGCAGCCAAUAAAAUCGGCAAAUGUGAAAUUUCUGGUUGCAUUCCACACAUAUUUGAAAAAAAAACAUAAUAUAUAAAAAUAUAUAUGGAUUCGGUGUGAAUGUUUGUUUUUAAAGAUAAAGACCUGUAAUUAUCAGAAUGGGUUUGUUCAAAAUGUGGUUAUUUGACAGCCUCGAACCCCGUCUCCCUAUCGUAAAACUAAAUAGGUCCAAUUUGACUAAUAUUGAGUUCAGUCGUUAAAGGGAAAAGUAAAGAAUAUUUCAUUUAAUAUUUCUCCCAUGAUAACCAUGUUUUGUAAUAUGCAUUGUAUAAUGCUUAUCCAUCACCAUUAUAUCCAUACCAUGUUAUUCAUACAUGCUAGGAUACAAAUAUGCAUGUAUUCGCCAUUUACCGUUCAUUCCCAAGGAUUGGCAGGAAAUUUCAGAAAAACUCAACCGUGACUACUUCAUAGUUGCGAUGAACCCUGUACCUACUUGUGAGUUCAUUGUGUUGUGUAAAACCGGGCUCUUCGUCAUGAUCCUUAAUAUGAGGUCCACAUUAGAAUGGUCCAAUGCAGCGUGGUGCAUAUGAUGCAAAUCAACAGUGUAGAGGCAUACACGGCCUGUGGAUCGUUUGAAGGUUCUUAUUUGUGACAUCCCUCAUGUAAGACCCAAUGUCCCCUUCAUCAUCAAGACAAGAUAAUUGUUAAUGUAAUUGCAUAACUUAUAAGGUUCUUAUUUGGAAAUUGCAUUCACUGCCCAUACAUUCCAGUUCUGGGGAAGUCCUUUCGGCUCUGUCCUAAUCACAUAUGCCUUAUACUUUUAGGAAAUGUAGGUUAAGCAGUAAAGAAAGUUUUUGUUUUAUAAUAUCUAUGCUUAACAGAGUUUGUUAUACCAGUGCAGAUGUUAUUUUCUCCAGACACUUCAACUUCCUAAAACAACACAAUAAAAUACGUUAUAUUGAGCAAACUUCCCAAAGCUGGGUCCUCCUAAUUCUUGAGACUCGGGCAUUCCUAGAUUAACUUAUGCUGUUUUGCCACUCUGUUCCAUUCCUAAAUAGUGAUAAUUAUUGAUCGUAAUAAAUGUGCCAUAUCUGCUUGUAUACUAUGAAAUUCCCAAGCUGUUUGUGGAAGCACGGUGUCGUAUAGAUUAGGCUUGGUGCUGUGUCCGUCCGUUAGUCCUUUUGGGCGAUUGCUCUUCAUAGUGAGUACUCUGAGUUUGUGAACAAUAGGCUGCCUUAGGCCAACCCCUGGCAGAGCACGUUGGGGCCCCUGGGUGGGUGUGGUGAAGUCUGUUUCCGUGAGCUGUGAUGUAUGCUUUGUGACGAGUUUAUUAUUGGAGCAGUGUAUUGCAACACUAGCAGAAACGCACAAACACCUUAUGCACACAUGCAUAUACGCCUGCAAUUAAACUUGUACUCUUAAACACGUGAUUACACCCUCGAAUACUUGCACUCUGUAAUAUACUGACAUGCAAACAUGCCCACAAACACCGUACAUUAAUAUACACAAAUGAGCAAACUGAACACACGAAUAUUUACGCAAAAGAACAGUUUUACAUCGUGACACUAGUAAAUGCAAAGAGUGUUCCCCUGAACAAAUUUGCAAAUACGAACAUUAAAAGUUGUUGAAAGUCUUAA